AUGUCCAAAGGAUCCAAAACCAUUGAUGAUUAUCUCAACCAUGCAAAAUCACUAGAUGAUGCUCUUUUUUUCAUUAACAAACCUGUCUCUGAUGAAGAUCUUGUUAAUGUCGUUCUCCAUGGUCUCGGCGAUGAGUUCUCUAUGUUGGUUACCACCAUCCUAAAUCAGCUCACUCUUCCAAGUUUCACAGACCUUCGCUCCCACAUGCUUGCCUUUGAAAACCAAUCAUCUUGCUCAUUAGACUCCACUGGCCACACCACUGCCCUUAUUACCACUCACUCAUCCUCUGCUUCUUCUGCUAAACAUGUCUCCAACGAGCAGCAGCACGGAUCCUCCAACCAGUUGCGAGGUGGUUCUCGUGGCGGCCAUCACGGUGGCUAUUGCAGUUUUUAUCGUGGUGGGCGUAGCAGCGGUUACAAACGCUGGCAACACCAUGCUCCUCUUAGUACCACGCCCCCUUGGCAACAACAAUGGACCGGUCCUUUUUCCCCUCGUGGAUCUGCUCCCCGUGCUCAGUGGCACCAACCUGGGAUUCUUGGCGCCCCACCUCAAGCUUGGUGUUCCACAUGUUCAACCAAUCAACACAUUACCGCCCAAUGUCCUCAUAAAUUUUUCAGACCCGACUCAUUUCCUUCAUUUGCAGGUGCGCAUACUCUCCAACCUCAUGAUCCAAAUUGGUACCCCGAUACCGGAGCCACUCACCACAUGACAGGCAAUCUUCCAUUUCUUCAACAGCCACAAUCCUAUACUGGUAAUAAUUCAGUUUUUAUGGGCAAUGGUGAUUAUCUUCCCAUAUCUCACACUGGUAACUUUCCACUAUCUCUUGGUCAAUCUCAAUUUUCUCUUCGCAAUGUCUUUGGUGUUCCUAGUCUCACCAAAAAUCUUCUUUAUGUUGCUCGUUUCACUCGUGAUAAUCUUAUCUUUUUUGUCUUUGCCCUUAAUUUUUAUUGCAUCUACGACUUACAAACUGGUGUUUUUCUCUUUCAGGGCCCCUGUAAGGAUGGCUUAUAUCCCUUGUCAUUGUCUUCUCUUCUUGAUUCUCCUGUCCCUUGA